AUCUCUGAUCGGAGCCAUAUCCUGUACAGACUAUGAAAAGAAUACAGUGAAAAUUCUGGCCAACAGUGGAAAUAUUGGCUUAAUCUCCAACUCAGUAUAGCAUUCCUUCUCUUCAGUAGGACCUUAUAGUAGAAGAAAAAUGUAUGGAAGCGCAAGAACAAUCACUAAUCUGGAAGGUAGCCCUUCCAGAUCACCUCGUUUGCCAAGGUCUCCUCGUUUGGGCCACCGAAGAACAAGUAGUGGGGGAGGUGGAGGAACAGGCAAGACUCUGUCCAUGGAGAAUAUCCAGUCCCUUAAUGCAGCCUACGCUACAUCUGGACCCAUGUAUCUGAGUGACCAUGAGGGAGUGGCUUCGACAACUUACCCAAAGGGCACCAUGACUCUGGGAAGGGCCACAAAUCGAGCCGUUUAUGGGGGCCGAGUCACAGCCAUGGGGAGCAGUCCCAAUAUUGCUUCUGCUGGACUUUCUCACACAGAUGUCCUUUCAUAUACGGAUCAACAUGGUGGUCUGACCACCUCAUCCCAUCAUCACCACCACCAGGUCCCCUCCAUGUUGAGGCAGGUAAGAGAUAGCACAAUGUUAGAUCUUCAGGCCCAGCUCAAGGAACUUCAGAGAGAGAAUGAUCUCCUUCGGAAAGAGCUAGACAUCAAGGAUAGCAAGUUGGGAUCUUCCAUGAACAGUAUCAAAACCUUCUGGAGCCCUGAGCUCAAGAAAGAGAGAGUCUUGAGGAAAGAAGAGGCAGCCCGGAUGUCUGUCCUCAAGGAACAGAUGAGGGUUUCCCAUGAAGAAAAUCAGCACCUGCAGCUGACAAUCCAGGCGCUUCAGGAUGAGCUGCGAACCCAGAGAGACCUCAACCACCUCCUGCAGCAAGAGAGUGGCAACCGAGGGGCUGAGCACUUCACCAUCGAGCUGACGGAGGAGAACUUCCGGCGGCUCCAAGCCGAGCACGACAGACAGGCCAAGGAGCUGUUCCUGUUGAGGAAGACACUGGAGGAAAUGGAGCUGAGGAUCGAAACGCAGAAACAGACCCUCAAUGCCCGGGAUGAGUCGAUUAAAAAGCUCCUGGAGAUGCUGCAAAGUAAAGGUUUGCCGUCCAAAAGCCUUGAGGAUGACAAUGAACGGACACGGCGGAUGGCUGAGGCUGAGUCUCAGGUCAGCCACUUAGAAGUGAUUUUAGACCAGAAGGAGAAGGAAAACAUACAUCUCAGAGAGGAGCUGCACCGAAGAAGCCAACUUCAGCCGGAGCCAGCCAAGACGAAGGCUCUCCAGACUGUCAUCGAAAUGAAGGACACAAAAAUUGCUUCAUUGGAGCGAAACAUAAGGGAUCUUGAGGAUGAGAUCCAGAUGUUAAAAGCCAAUGGUGUGUUGAACACUGAGGACCGCGAAGAAGAGAUCAAACAAAUAGAGGUUUACAAAAGUCACUCCAAGUUCAUGAAAACCAAGAUUGAUCAGCUGAAGCAGGAGCUUUCAAAGAAGGAGUCAGAACUUCUUGCCUUACAAACAAAGCUUGAAACCCUUAGCAAUCAAAAUUCAGAUUGCAAGCAACACAUUGAAGUGCUUAAAGAGUCACUUACUGCCAAAGAACAGAGGGCCGCCAUCCUUCAGACUGAGGUGGAUGCACUAAGAUUACGAUUGGAAGAGAAAGAAUCUUUCCUCAAUAAGAAAACAAAACAGCUGCAGGACCUCACGGAAGAGAAGGGGACACUGGCUGGAGAGAUUCGUGACAUGAAAGACAUGUUAGAAGUAAAGGAAAGAAAAAUCAAUGUUCUUCAGAAAAAGAUUGAAAACUUGCAAGAACAACUUAGGGAUAAAGACAAGCAACUGAUGAACCUGAAGGACAGAGUGAAGUCCUUGCAGACGGAUUCCAGUAACACAGACACCGCGCUGGCGACGCUAGAGGAGGCUUUGUCAGAAAAGGAGAGAAUCAUCGAGCGCUUGAAAGAACAGCGGGAGAGAGACGAUCGGGAAAGACUAGAAGAGAUAGAAUCUUUCCGAAAAGAGAACAAAGACUUGAAAGAGAAAGUCAACGCUUUACAAGCUGAACUGACUGAGAAAGAGUCUAGUUUAAUUGACCUCAAAGAACAUGCAUCUUCAUUAGCCUCAGCAGGGCUGAAAAGGGACUCCAAAUUAAAGUCUCUAGAAAUAGCCAUUGAACAAAAGAAAGAGGAAUGUAGCAAAUUGGAAGCACAGUUAAAAAAGGCUCAUAAUAUUGAAGAUGACUCCAGGAUGAACCCCGAGUUUGCAGACAGAAUGAAACAGCUUGAUAAAGAAGCAUCUUACUACCGCGAUGAGUGUGGCAAAGCCCAAGCAGAAGUUGACCGGCUGUUGGAGAUCCUCAAGGAAGUGGAGAAUGAAAAGAAUGACAAAGAUAAGAAGAUCGCAGAACUCGAAAGCUUGACUCUCAGGCAUAUGAAGGAUCAGAAUAAGAAGGUGGCCAACCUCAAGCACAAUCAGCAGCUGGAAAAGAAGAAGAACGCCCAGUUACUGGAAGAAGUCCGCAGGCGAGAGGACAGCAUGGCUGACAACUCACAGCACUUGCAGGUGAGCCUGAGAAAGAACGGGGACCAGGUGCAGGGGUUGGAGGACAGUCUCCGGAGCAGCGCCAGGUGAGAAGCAGAGAAUGCCUUUCGCUUGAACGGAGAAGAAAUAACACAUCGAAGUCCCUGUGCCUUUCAGAUAGAAGAGCUGAUGAAUGCGUUGGAGAAGACCAGACAAGAGCUAGAUGCCACUAAAGCACGCCUUGCCUCAACGCAGCAGUCCCUGGCUGAAAAAGAAGCACAUUUGGCCAAUCUUCGGAUAGAGAGGAGGAAACAGCUGGAAGAGAUUCUGGAGAUGAAACAGGAAGCGCUGCUUGCGGCCAUCAGUGAAAAAGAUGCAAACAUUGCCUUGCUGGAAUUGUCGGCCUCCAAAAAGAAAAAGACGCAGGAAGAAGUCAUGGCUCUCAAGCGGGAAAAAGACCGACUAGUGCACCAGUUAAAGCAGCAGACCCAGAACAGAAUGAAGCUGAUGGCCGACAACUAUGAUGAGGACCAUCACCAUUACCACCACCACCACCACCACCACCACCACCGGUCUCCUGGGAGGUCGCAACACUCCAACCACAGACCCUCUCCAGACCAGGUCAGUCUCAUCGCUGCUUACCUCCAGGACCCUUUACCCUUUGGAUAUUUUAAGACAAAAUAA